AUGAAUUAUCUCAGCAACUUCAUCGGCCGCCCAUUCGCUAGUCACGCCCAGGACGAGGACAGCGACACCAUGACCGCGCCAGAAGCGUCAACAUCGUCGCCACCACGCAGCUCCAUGUCUUCAUCAUCUCAAAUCCCAGGCCUCAAUCUCCUGUCAGCUGCACAGUAUGAUGCACAAGUCGCCGCCAGAAGAGCAGCAUCGUCGCCCAUCACUCCUGCUACCAAACGUCCCAAACUCGACACACCAGCCAGCUCGUCGUCGACAGCCCCGCGCACACUCCUUCCUUCCAAGAUCCGUGGUGACUCUGCAGCUAAAGUCAAUGAUAUGUGUCAGAACCGCCAUCUGCGAGCCGACUAUAAUUUCGAGGAAGGUCCCCCAUACGCCUUUUCAGCCACUCUCCGUUUGCUGGAUGGCGAUCAAGCGAUAGAGACCUUCGAAGCGCCCGGCACACACGGCAGUAAGAAGGCCGCCAAAGAGAAGGCUGCCGAGAUGGCUGUGAUUUGGCUAGAGAAACAACCCAUCCCAAAGAAAGGUCAGAAAGAUGCAGGACUCCUGCCGCUCUCUGCUGCGAAAGUCGACCCCUCUGAAAACUGGGUUGGUGUGUUACACGAAUUCUGUCAAGGACGCCAAAUUGAUCAACCAGAGUACUCUAUCUAUGAGCUCGGCCUCCAACGCUUCGGCGCAACAUGCACUAUCCUCAACCACACAUACCACGACCAGAAUGCCGCCUUCUCAAGUAAGAAGAUUGCAAAGACCGCCGCUGCUCGUGCUGCCGUCUUGGCCUUGCGUGAGGAAGGCGUCUUGACUAAACAUGCAGCACAUGUCCGUAUCCAGGUGGCUCCUGCCAUUCCAGCCUUUGGCACGCCAUUGCCUCCUGUUGCUGCUGUUGUCACCAGUCCACCUAAAGUACAGCCAAGCCCAUCGCCCUCGGCAUCUUCGCUCGUGCCUACCUUGUGUGCCGAACUCAACAUUACGCCUCCAACUUACAAGCUCGUACAGACCUCGUUGUUGACUCCUGACUACUGGGACGGUGAGGCUCGCUUUGAUCAUGCCGUUGAGCCUUGCCUUCGCGGCGCCGUGGGAAAGGUUGAGAGGGUGUAUGGCAAGAAGAAUGCCAAGGACAAGGUUGUGCAGCAAGUUCUGGAGGUUCUAGAGGGCGUCAAGCUACAGAGGAUGGCUGGCUGA